AUGGUCAGCAAAGGGGCAGGUGUCUAUGGUGCGGACAGGGAUAGAGCCCUCAUCAAGGACAUCUCCAAGCAGCAGAGAUCUGAUCUGAGUCCCAAAAUGCCUGCAGAGAGCGAAACAUCCAACAGCAGYUCCUUCAAUGAGUUCCUGCUCCUGGCAUUUGCAGACAGGCGGGAUCUGCAGCUCUUGCACUUCUCCCUCUUCCUGGGCAUCUACCUGAUGGCCUUCAUGGGCAACGGCCUCAUCAUUAUAGUCGUAGCCUGCGACCACCACCUCCACACCCCCAUGUACUUCUUCCUCCUCAAUCUCUCCCUCCUCGACCUUGCCUCCAUCUCCACCACUGUCCCCAAAUCCAUGGCCAACUCCCUCUGGGACAUCAGGAGCAUUUCGUACUCUGGAUGUGCUGCCCAGGUCUUCCUAGUAACAUUGUUGUUUUCAGCAGAGUUUUCUGUCCUCACAGUGAUGGCCUAUGACCGCUUUGUGGCCAUCUGCAGACCCCUGCACUAUGGGAGCCUCCUGAAGAGCAGAGCUUGUGUCCAAAUGGCAGCAGCUGCCUGGGCCAGUGGCUUUCUCUAUGCUCUUCUGCAGACUGGGAACACAUUUUCCAUUCCACUGUGUGAAGGCAAUGAGGUGGAUCAGUUCUUCUGUGAGAUCCCCCAGAUCCUCAAGCUCUCCUGCUCACACUCCUACCUCAGGGAAGGCUGGGUUACU